UUAAAGCUGGCAAUAUUUCUUUCUCUAACAAAUAUGGCCGCGCUCAUAAAGGUUGCAUGCUUUUCUCCCUCUAGAAAUGUACAGUUAGCCUUGAGAUAUAGUGGAAACAGUGGAAAAUAUUAUUUGUCUAGGUUUAAAAGUCCAGAAAAAUGCUCGUUAGAACAGGUUUGUUAUUACUCAGCUCCACCACAGAGGAAAAGUUUCUUUUCUCGUGUGGUCGAAAAUAUAAAAGAGGAUAUUGCAAAAAACAAAGAAAUGAAGGAAAACUUAAAGAAAUUUCGAGAAGAAGCUGAAAAGUUAGAAAAAUCUGAAGCUUUGCAGAAAGCACGUCAGAAAUAUAAAACAAUUGAAAAAGAAACAUUCAGAAGUUCUGAGCAAAUAAAAGAGCAGUUUGAAUCUAUUAGAGGGAAAAUCAAAGAAGGCUUAGAAGAAGCCCAAAAGAGUGAAAUUGGUAAAAGAGGUAGAGAGAUCACAGAAGAAUUAACAAAGUCAGCCAAAAUAGCAGCAGAGGCCAUAGCUAAGCAAGGUGAAGAAUUGGGCAAAAAAGCACCGAUUAGAGCUGUUGCUGAGGGAGUUAAAACUGUUAAAGAGCAAAUAGAAGAAGCUCAGAUGCCUGGCUCAAGAGUUUAUCAACCACCUGCUAGAUUGCAAAUGAGAAGUGAAAGAUCCAAAAUGAAUAAAGAAGAAAGAAUAAUUGAGCCUAAUAGUGAAGCUACAACGAUGGAACUUCAUAAAGAUUCCAAAUGGUUUCAGAGCUGGCAAAAUUUUCGUGAUAAUAAUCAAUAUGUAAACAAGGUUUUUGAUUGGAAAAUGAAAUAUGAUGAGAGUGACAAUCCUGUUGUCAGAGCUUCAAGACUCUUAACCGACAAAGUGACAGAUCUAUUUGGUGGCCUUUUCCAAAAGACUGAAUUGUCGGAAGUUCUAACUGAAAUUGUAAAAAUGGAUCCUACUUUUGAUAAAGAGCAAUUUCUCAGGGAAUGUGAACUAGAAAUUAUACCAAAUAUUCUCGAGGCUAUGAUCCGUGGUGAGUUAGAAAUUUUAAAAGACUGGUGUUAUGAAGGGGCUUUCAAUGUAUUAUCUGCACCUAUUAAACAAGCACAAACAUUAGGCUACUAUUUUGAUUCCAAAAUUUUGGACAUUAGUCAUGUUGAUCUUGCAAUGGGGAAAAUGAUGGAGCAAGGUCCAGUUCUUGUGUUAACAUUUCAAUCUCAGCAAAUCUUAGUUGUUCGAGAUUCCAAAGGAAGUGUUGUUGAAGGUGAUCCUGAAAAGGUAUUAAGAAUGCAUUAUGUAUGGGCUCUAUGUCGAGAUCAAACUGAACUAGACCCUAAAGCUGCAUGGAAGCUAAUAGACUUAUCAGCUAGCAGUACUGAACAGUGGUUAUGAGUCAACGUAAUUUUAAUUCAUUAUGUACAUAGAAAAUUCAGUUCCUUGUACAAACGUAAGGAUGCAUUGUAUAUAGUUUCCUGUGGAGUUGAAGAAUUGAAACAAUCUGUAGAUUUGCCUAAAAUAUUUGAAGAAAAAAAGAGAUAUUUUAUAACAGUU